AUGUUGGUGUCUCUCGACGCCAUGGGCCGGCUGUUCGUCGCUCCGCAUAGUGAAUCUGGGCAACAUGCCUUGAUUUACGUGAGCAUCGGCUCAGCUGAACGCCAGCUCUUCGCCAGCUACGACGAGCGACUGGCCAGCGCAUGCAGCCGGGAGGAAUAUGAUGAGCUCAUGCUUGAAUCUACCAUCACGAAGAGCUUACAGGAGAUCACGGCAUCCAAGACCAAGCAGUGGCGGGCCCCUGUAAAAUUGGUGGAUGACAACGACAGGAUUGGAUCGGAGGAUUGCGGGAUCGACCAGUUGGGGGUGGCCUACAAAGUAGAGACGAAGCGCGGGACCGUGUAUAAGUGGCCUCCAUUGGGGCUGAAUCUGAUCAUCACCAUUCCCGGGGAGAAGGAGCAAUUUCGGCGGCUUUGGACGCAGGGCGACACAGCGCAAGCCCCGCAGCAGAUUCUGAUGGCCGAGGCCGUUCCUGCCUCCGUGGUUGAAAGCGACCAGCCGGGGGUGGUAGUAGUGCCUUGCAACGUGGUCAACGAGGUGAACGAGGCGGACGAGGUCCCCGAAGCCUGA